CCACAGGAAUUAAUUUUCAUUGUUUUUCUUUUUCCUGUUGGAGAAAGUAAGCAGAGAACAGCUGCUUGGAUGGCUUCCCAUGGUGAGUGGUUGGGGCACAUUCCUCUCUGGCUGCUUGUGGCCUGGACAGCCAGAAGGAAGCCAUGCUGUGCUGCUUCAACCUCAGCUUUCCUCUUGAAUUUCCUAGAAAAGUCUUUGGUCUGCACCUCCAGUUCAGCAUAUUCAGGACCCCCCUUCAUCAUAACUUGGUCAUUACCCUGCUCAGGCCAAGGUCCUCUGAGAGCUCCAACCGUCUUCACUCCCUGUAAAAGGCAGGCAGAACAGCCAGAGGAGCAGAGAGACCAAGAAACAUUGUGAAAUCUCCAACUCUUGCCCUCCAACAUGAAAGUCUCUGGAGCACUUCUGUGCCUGCUGCUCAUAACAGCAGCCUUCAGCCCCCAGGGGCUUGCUCAGCCAGUUAAGGCCCCUCUUCCCUUCAUCUCUCCCUUCCUUUUUCUCUGUUUCUCUCUUCUAGAAAGCCCUAAGCCCAGACACAUCCUCAAAGGCUUUUCCUUUGUAACUUUAUUUCUAAGUGAACUCAAUGUCCCAUCCAUCUGCUGCUUCACAUUUAGCAGUAAGAAGAUCUCCUUGCAGAGGCUGAAGAACUAUCAGAUCACCAACAGGCAGUGUCCCCAGAAGGCUGUCAACUUCAGAACCAAACUGGGCAAGGAGAUCUGUGCCGACCCAAAGGAGAAAUGAGUUCAGAAUUAUAUGAAAUGCCUGGGCCAGAAAGCUCACACCCCGAAGACUUGAACUCUGCUGCCCACACUGAAAUCAAGCCAGAGUAUGCAAAGUGACUUUUCCAUUCUCCUCUGGCCUCCUCAUCUAUACUUUGGAGUAUUUCUACCAUCCUUUGCAAAUAGAAUGCGUUCUGUUUUGUGAUGCAAAAUGUACUCUGUGUUAAGUAAUGUUGACUGUUAUUUGAAUUGUUGCUGGUUUGGAGUUUGAGUAUGGGUGAUCUUUUUUAAAGCAAGGCCUUGAGCAAGUUGGUUCCUGUCUGUGGGCUGCCGUGCCUUCCACUGUGAGCCACUGGCCGUGGGUUUGUCUUCUGCUGGCAGGGGUUGAGAGUGUGCCCGUGGGAGUCACGGACAUGAAGGGUUGCUGCAAGGCAGGGAGGAGAACUCUUCGUGAAUGUCAGGUGUUGCUAAAUAUGUUAUUGUGGAAAGACGAAUGCAAUAAUAGGCCUGCUGACAUUUUGCAGAAAAUACACUUUAUUUAAAGUCUCUUA